GAGGAAACCAGAAUAUCCAGAGGAAACACACGUCCACAGGAACACAAAGGACAAGAUUCAAAUUUAGAAGGGCAGCCAGAAGCAUCCUGGAGAGUCUUCGCACAAGCGCUGUAUUUCGCUGCGAGCUCAGCUAUUCGCCGGGUUUGGCACGAACGCGUCAUGUCUGCGCAGCCCGACGGAAAACAACAGCACCCGCUAAUCCUUCGCAAACAAGAGCGCGACGACAGCAAGUUUGCAUGGGUUACCGCACUGCUGAAGCAGCUUGACAGAGGACAAGGAUUUUGGUUUGGAGCGCCAUGGGACCCAUUCUUCUGGAGCGAGCUGCAGCUCCUGUGCUUAAGGUGUCCAACAAGGAGAAAAGAUCAGACAGAAGUUCAGAGAAUGUCGGCUCGCUAAUAAGCUCCAAUAAAGGAAGCGUGAGUCAGAACCAUAGACCCCAGAAAAAGGCAGGGGUUCAGUCAAAAAACACCUUUCGCGGAAAAGACUCCACACUUGGAAAUGAGAAGGGCACUCAAUUUAGAGGAAAAAGUAAACCAGAGACCCCCUGCAAUUAUAACAAUGGUGCUCUGAUAAGAAAUGUGAGAGAACUGGACCCCAAGUCUCCACCUUCUCAGGCUGAGAGCAAUCGGGAGAGUCUGGUGCAGCCGGUGUCACAGUGCAGCGGAGAAGAUAACCGGGACUUUGCAGGUCGUGUGUGCAGUCGGCCCACGCUUACCCUGCCGCUAGCCCUUCCCCCUGAGCCUGGCAAGGGACUGGGGCAGCAAAGCCAGCCUUUCAGUCUGGAGUCGACAAGGCUGUAUGAGCAGAAGGAGGAUGACACAGACAGUGCCAGUGACCUGUCAGACUCUGAACGGCUCCCUGUACUCCCCUCACCCUGUACCCCCCCGCAGCUGAACCUACGGGCUGAGAUCUUUGACCCCAGUGAUCUCCAGCAGUGCAUUCCGGAGUCUCGGGGGACUGGCCAUGGUAGCCAUGGAUAUCCAGAUUUCCUGCCCCCUCCCUUCUGCACCUGGAGUCUGCGCCAACUGGCCAUUUUCCUCAAUACAGACGGCAGGGGGGCCCCUCGGCCCAGACCUGUGGGAAAACUAGAGAGAUACCUGGAGCGGCUUUUGCAGCUGGAAUGGCUCCAGGUACAGACCGUUGAGGCAGAGGGCAGGCAAGCUGUCUCUGGGCUUCCUGUCCGGCCUCGCCGCCAAUCUGUAGCUCCUCGCUACAGCUCAGCCCCCAUCGCCCGCCUCAGCUCACCCAAAACCUUCCGCCAAUGUCAGUGUGCCUUUCCCCUGCCACCUGCCUUUUGCCCGGCCAGCCACCCACCUCUCCAGCAUUCCCAUGCAGGCUGCUCCACCUGCCACCUCCACUACCCACUCUGCAAUAGCGUCUGCUCCUCAUAUGCAUACCACAGGCACUCGCGCCUCAGUCCGGUCCUGGAACGUCGAGCCAAGCCAGGAGUCCUACCAAAGAGGAGCAGCAGCGAAAGCCGCGUCCCUGCUGGCCAGGUGUGGAGGCUUGGGACCUCCCCAACAGGAAACGGGCACCUGCAGCGCAUGCAGGCAGUAGGUAAUGUCCGCAGUCCUUCCCAGCCCCAGGUAGGGCCCCGGAAUGGCAGUACUGCAGCUAGCACCAGCAAGCCGAAAAAUUCAGUAGUUGCCAAAAAGGGCACUCCAGGUAAGAUUGCACAACAGGCAAACCUUCUAAGGGAAACUGAUACGGUGAGAUCAAAGGCAGGGCCGAGAGAUGGUGACGUGCAGCUGGGUGCUGUUGCUGGAGCCCGGCAUCAUUCAUCUGUGUCCAAGGGGACACCACAUGCCAGGCCCAAUGGAAAGGUUAAACAUGCUAAUCUUAUUACUAAUUAGCAUCACAUUUUAUCUGUUCAUUGUGCAUUAUGUAGAAAAGACAGCAAAAUACAUAGAGUACAUCUUAUUUAUAACUGCGUCUUGUGUGGCAGGCGUAUAUAAGCUACUGACUUAAAGGAAACUUAGAAACCUGAGGCCUGUGACAAAGCUGGCUUUUAGGGUUAGCAAGAUAACUUGUUGGGCUUAACAUAGUCUUGGCUAAACUUAAGUGAACGAAAAUACAGUCAGUUUAAAGUGUAGUACCUUAAAGUGGGGUUAUCUAGCUAACCAGUAAAUCUUGCUUCAUAAUACAGGACCCUCUAUUGCUGCAGCUCUCGGUUACUGGAACUGGCCGCUACUGCCUUAGCUUUACUGUAAAGUGCUAGCAGCUCAAAUGACAGUCUGUGGUGCUUUUAUGCAGAAUUCAGUCUCGUUUUUUUAAUUUAUUUGUGGGCUAAUAGUAUGUGCUUAUAGUUACUGCAUAAUCCUCAGAUAUUGAAUGCUUACAGAUGAAUUUCUGUAAAAUCAGGAUCAAAUAAUAUGAAGAUGACACACAAAAAUAAAUAUCUUAGUACUAUCAGACAUGUAGCAUUGUUAUUCACAAUAUUACCACACUGAUAACCUAUUUUGAAAUAUUCAUUGUAACAGGAAAUAUUUUAACCAUAUUUUUGAUAUGGAAUUAAAUCAGCAGGCAAGUGGAUGUAUAGGAUAUAUAAAAGGACUACCUUAAGUUAAAAAACAUUUUUUAAUCUGUAUAAAGAAAGGUCUAUUUAAGGAAUAAAUGACACAAUUCUUUGUCAAAGCAAUGUUAAUUUGAAACCUUAUUGAUUUCUAGAAAGUAAGACUUGCUUUCUGGUAUACAUUUUAUAACUUAUUGCUUCUGCCAUUUAUUUAUGCAGCUAUUGUUUAUUUAAUUCAUUUUACUUGCCCAGAACAAGCCAAAUGACACUGGGGAGAAGGUGUAAAUAUGUGUGGUUUGCUGGAAAAUAUAUAUUUAUCUCUGUUUAUGCAUUCACAUUAUUACACCUGCUUGUUCUGUGCUGUGCUGGGGUUAGCUGAGGACUGCAUUUUCAUAUUAUCUUACUAUCUAUUUUUAACUGUGGAAUAUGCUUUUCACUUUAUUUAAAAGGAUUUAAAAGGACUUUUAAUAAUGGUAAAAUUAAGCAAUGUGUUUAACCCUCCAGUCUUGAACGUCCUCCUGUAGUACUACAUGAUGAAGCUUAUCUUAUAAUUUCCACCAAUCUUCUAAUCACUUACGCUAGUCAGGGUCAUGGGGGCCUGGAGACUAUCCCAUACAGAAUAGGGAACGAGGUUGGGCUGCACCCUUGACAGGAUGCUAGUCUAUCACAGGGCACAUGCACAUACACACAAUCAUACUCUAUGGGCACACAGAUUCCUACCUGGAUGUCUUUGGACUAGAAGGAAGUUGAAACAGAGAGAACAUACACACUCCACACACACAGGCAGGAUUCAAACUUCAGCCCUGGAAGUGAGUGGACACAGUACUUCCCACUAGGCCACCAUUCCAAUACAACAAGUAUUUUGUAAAUAUAAGAUAGAAUAUUAAGUUUUUGUAAUAUUUCUUUGCAAAAUAAGGAUUUUCCAUUUCUGAAUUUUUGUCUCCUGUGCUUACACUACAGUUUUCAGUAUUCCAUAGUUCAAUGGAAACAUUACUGUCAGUGUUAUUGUGUGAUUUGAUGUCACCUGUCUUGCUAAGAAAACAUGGAACAGCUCAAGUCUUAAUUGGUAUUAAUUGUUCCCAGGACACCCUGCUGAUAUCAUCAGAAAAGUCUAUUGCUUUUAUUAUUCACUAAAUCUUCCUUAGUAUUUUGAUGUUAUACAGGUGAAUUUUUCUUUGUUGUCACAAAAUGUAAUUGUUUGUUAAACAUGAUAUAAACAUUGUUGUUAGUAAAAACCCCAGGUACUGUGCCAUUUGUCUGCUAAGUUUGUCAAUUCAGCUGUUAAAUCCUGUGUUUUAAGGUUCUCAAUAAACUGACAGUUACUAUUUA